AUGUCAAAUGUGACAAUUGGCUUCGCUUCGGGAUCCGACGCUUCAAACAUGAUACAAGCAGCCAAGAAGUUUUACGACUUCGAUCUUUCUGCUGGAUUGGCUGUCCUCAUGGUGUUGUGUACCCAACUUCUCGGAUUUGGUGUUGCUGGCCUUGGAUCACGUUGGGUCGUGGAACCUGCCUCGAUCAUUUGGCCUGGCAUCUUGGGCAACUGCGCUUUACUCUCUACCCUGCACUCCAAAUCAAACGCCAUUGCUAACGGCUGGAAGAUCUCACGCCUUCGGUUCUUCUUUGUGGCCCUGCUUGCUGCGUUCGUAUGGUACUGGUUCCCCGGCCUCAUCUUUCCCGCUCUAUCAUACUUCACAUGGAUCUGUUGGAUUGCACCAAACAACGCUGUAGUCAAUCAGAUCUUUGGUAUGCAAACGGGGCUAGGUGCUUUUCCUGUUAGCUUCGAUUGGAGCCAAAUAGCGUAUAACACCAAUCCUCUAUUGAGUCCUUUGAGUGCCGCACUCAACGUCCUGGCUGGCUUUGUAUUCUUCUUCCUGAUCGUCACUCCAGGGCUGUUUUACACCAACAAAUGGUUCACUGGCUAUCUGCCCAUGAUGACUGCGGAUGUGUACGAUAAUACAGGCGCCAGCUACAAUGUAACCAGGAUCAUUAAUCCAGUGACCAAAAGUUUGGACCCUGAAGCCUAUCGAGCGUACUCACCUCCCUUCCUCAGCGCAACAUUCGCUUUCGUAUAUGGACUAUCAUUUGCUUCUAUCACUGCAGUUCUAACACAUACAUAUCUCUGGCAUGGAACCGAAAUCUGGACUGCUCUUCGUGGAUCUAGAAAACUUGAUAUCCAUGGACGCCUGAUGAAGGCAUACAAGCCAACUCCUUGGUAUUGGUAUCUCAUCGUUCUGGUGAUCUUUACAGCUUUGUCCUGUGUUAUGGUGGAGAUCUAUCACACUGAUCUUCCUAUCUAUGGUGUUGCACUCGCUCUUGUCAUUCCGGCCAUCUACUUCAUCCCUUGUGCCUUGAUUCAAGGUAUCUCGAACGUCGACGCGAACCAGAUUAACGUUCUGUCCGAGUUCAUUGGCGGAUACAUGUUCGCUGGCAAGCCUCUUGCCAACAUGAUCUUCAAGAUCCUGUCUACCGCGGUCGUCAACCAAGGCAUCUUCUUCGUUCAAGACAUGAAACUCGGACACUACUUGAAACUCGCUCCACGCACUGUGUUCUUCGCCCAAGGCUUCGCCGCCGUCCUGGGUGCCCUGACACAAACAGGCGUGACACUUUGGAUGCUCGGCAACAUCGAAGACAUCUGCUCCUCCGACCAGAGCUCCAGCUUUACCUGUCCCAACGGAAGGACAGUAUUUUCCUCCUCAGUGAUUUGGGGCUUGAUAGGACCAGAUCGUCUAUACAGUGUAGGAAAGCGCUACUCUUCCUUGCUGCACUUCUUCUGGAUUGGUGCUUUGACGCCUGUGAUUACUUGGUACGCAUACAAGAAAACCGGAAAGAAGAUUUUCAAAGAUGUGAAUUGGCCUUUGUUCUUUGUCGGAACGUACAAUGUUCCUCCAGCUACAGGUAAGCAGAGACCAUCUGCAAGAUUCAUGGUUGCGAGCCAAAUACUGACUACUAGGAUUUUUUCAGGUAUCAACUAUACCUCCUGGGCACUGGUGAAUUGGAUCUUCAAUGGUUACAUCAAANAGAACUUCUUUGCUUGGUGGACAAAGUAUAACGUGAGAUCGCCCUCUAUAUCGCACGAAUUCUUGGACGAAAGAGCUAAUAAAAAACAGUAUGUGCUCGCAGCUGCUGUCGACACAGGUACAGCCGUCGCCGGCAUUGUCAUUUUCUUCGCUGUCAGUUAUCCUGGCUACUCGAUGCCGGAUUGGUGGGGUACAACAGUGUUCGCGAACACGCUUGAUGCGGUCGGUGUCCCUAACUUGCCGUUACCUGCAAGUGGUUUCUUCGGCCCUGCGAAUGGAACUUGGACUUGA